AGUUCACCGGAAGCUGUUGGCUUCUGCCAGGGAGACUGAACAACACUACAGCACGAGCAUUAUCUUGUGUUUCACACAAUUGACGCGGGGAUUUGUGAAUUAUGAGUCUGAUUUGUGUGUUGAUCGGCUGGUCUGAUGAAAUGGUGUGUGUGUUAACUUAAGACGAGCAAUUUAAACUGAUUUUACACCCGGAAGUGGAGCUGUGCAGUAGUUGCUAGCCUAGCCGCUAACUCUCUUCAUGUGUGUAAAUGACAGAUGAGUGAGUGAUUCAGUGUGAUAAAUCACUCACAUCUCAACUGUUUAUAGUGACUGAAAUCGCAGACUGCCGCUGUCAUGAGUCGUAUAUCGGGCUGAUGUGAGAUGAGUGUGAUGUACAGUCUCUGAUCUGUGUAAUUCAGCUGAUCGAUCACUCUGAUCUUCUGCUGUAUUCAGGAGUCUGCAGACAUCAUGAGUGGUACAUUUGGACUGGUGAACUACAGCUCCAGGAAGCACAUCUCUAUAACUGUGCCGUCAUCCACAGAGGUGAUGUCACCUCAUAUCAAAUCAGUGGAAGAAUUGAGAGUGCUGGGCAUCAACCUCAGCAACUUUAACACACCAACACAGUUCUUUAUUUGUGUGGCUGGAGUCUUCCUCUUUUACCUCAUCUACGGCUACCUGCAGGAGCUGAUAUUCUCAGUGGAGGGGUUUAAACCAUUUGGCUGGUAUCUUACUUUAGUGCAGUUUGGAUUUUACUCUUUAUUUGGUCUGGUGGAGUUACAGCUCACUCAGGAUAAGAGGAGGAGGAUACCAUGCAAAACAUACAUGAUCAUCGCAUUUUUAACAGUUGGGACUAUGGGCCUGUCCAACACUUCACUUGGCUACUUGAACUAUCCUACACAAGUCAUCUUUAAGUGCUGCAAACUCAUUCCUGUUAUGAUUGGAGGAGUCUUCAUACAAGGAAAGCGCUAUAACGUUGCGGAUGUGUCUGCUGCUUUCUGCAUGAGUCUGGGGCUGAUCUGGUUCACAUUGGCAGACAGUAAGAUUGCACCUAACUUCAACGUAACAGGAGUCAUCCUCAUAUCUAUGGCUCUCUGUGCGGAUGCUGCGAUUGGGAAUGUGCAGGAGAAAGCCAUGAAAUUCCAUAAUGGAACCAACUCAGAGAUGGUCUUAUACUCUUAUUCCAUUGGCUUUGUGUAUAUUCUGUUGGGUCUGCUGUGUGUGGGGGGGCUUGGACCUGCUGUCUCAUUCUGCUCUCAGCAUCCAGUGACGACCUAUGGUUACGCAUUCUUCUUUUCCCUGACGGGAUAUUUUGGCAUUUCAUUUGUACUAGCGUUAAUAAAGUUAUUUGGUGCACUGGUCGCUGUCACAGUGACUACAGGAAGGAAAGCCAUGACCAUUGUACUGUCCUUUCUGUUCUUUUCAAAGCCUUUCACUUUUCAGGUUUAAUAGCGGAAUUCCUGGUGAUGAACUACACUACCCAUGAUCCUGAAUAGAAAUUAUCCACCAGUCAGAGAACUGCAGCCAAAAAAGUACACCAAAAGAGCUCUGUAGCAUCCGCCCACUUCCAUAACACACUGUGAAUGACGCAAUCAAGUCGUUCUCCCUACGCUCUUAAACUACUUACAUAUUUUCAUAUACAAAUCUGAAUAUUUUGCAAUACAGUUAAAAUACUGUAUAUUGAUUCUAUAUUUAUUAUCAAAAAAAAAACUUUAAAUCAAUAGUUUUAUAUUGUUCCAUUGUUUUUAAUUCAAUAACGUAAUUUGCAGUGCUUCCUGAGAUUGUAGUUCAUUCCCUCAUUAAAGAUGUUAAGUACAUAGCCUUAUACCUUUGUCUUUGUGUCUGAUUUCCAAAUAUUGAUAAUAAUGAUUUCCUGAUUUUCUUUAAAUCAAAGUUUUUUUUUUUAAAGUUGUGGUUCACCUUGGAGCUGGUCUACUUGGUUCAUGGCUUACAGCUCUUUUACUGUAUGAAGGAUUAUAAUGAAAUCCCCAUUUUAAGAAAUUAAAGAGAAUAAACUUCUAUAUGAGCUAACAAACAUGGACUAAAAGCCACAAAAUUCCACAAUUUCAUUUCAUGUUGACAUUUCUGUUUUGUUGAGAAUGAUCGGUUGUGACUCUUUCACAGGUAUGUUUGGGGAGGUCUGCUGGUGGUGUUUGGCAUCUUCCUGAAUGUCUACAGUAAAAACAAAGACAAAAUGAAGCUCCCUUCAUUAGCGGAGCUCAAAAAACGAGUACUCAGGAGCAGGAAGGUCCGUCUUCUGUCUCAGA